UAUGGCUGAAGAUGAAGGAGUAGGGGCAAAACAAUUCGUUAGGAGGGGAGCCGUCAAACGAGGGAAAGUUCACGAAGUCAGAGACCACAAGUUUCAGGCACGGUUCUUAAACCAGCCCACUUAUUGUGCUCAUUGCAAAGAUUUUAUCUGGGGAGUGUUUGGAAAGCAGGGCUAUCAAUGUACAAUAUGCUCAUUCGUAGUGCACAAACGGUGCCACGAGUUGGUCAGCUUUGCUUGUCCUGGAUCUGAUAAAGUAGAUUGUGAGACAACGCAACCCCACAGUUUCAAAGUAAAGACAUAUAGUUCCCCCGCCUUCUGUGACCAAUGCGGUUCAUUGCUCUACGGUCUCUUCAAUCAGGGUCUGGAAUGUACAGCAUGCGAGAUGAAAGUGCACCACCACUGCGAGAAGAACACCCCGAUGUUGUGUGGUAUUGAUCACACGGAGAAGCGAGGGAGGAUGGAACUUGAGGUGACGAUUGCUAAUGACGACUCUGAUAAGGACGAGUGGACCCUUCAUAUCAAGAUUAAACAAGGACGUAAUCUGAUCCCAAUGGAUGCUAACGGGUUCUCAGAUCCAUACGUGAAGAUAAAGCUGAUACCAGAUCCUGACCAGCUGUAUAAACAGAAAACUAACGUCAUCAAGAAGACACUGGACCCUGUGUGGAACGAAAAAUUCAACAUUCACGGUGUAUCUCUAGUGAACGAUAAGAGAAUACUACUUGAGGUUUGGGACUGGGACAGGGCCUCCAGAAAUGAUUUCAUGGGAUGUAUGAGCUUCAGUAUCAAGGAGGACGUUGUAGCUGGUGGAGUUUCCGGGUGGUACAAGCUGCUGCCUGAACUUGAGGGACAAGCCUACAAUAUCCCCUGUUCUGUUGAGGAAAAAAUACAGGAGCUCGAGGACGACAUGAUGAAAGCAAAUAUUGGCAGCACAGAUACGUUUGAACAAAGGAUAUCUCAGAGCAAGUAUACUAAGGAUAGCUUUACUUUCCUCAAAGUCCUGGGAAAAGGAUCUUUUGGCAAGGUUAUGCUGGCAGAGCUGAAGGGUAAAGAUGAAGUCUACGCUAUAAAGAUUCUGAAGAAAGACGUGAUAGUGCAAGAUGAUGACGUGGAGUGUACGAUGACUGAGAAACGUGUGUUGGCAAUGGGAAACAGACCCCCAUUCUGUGCAUUCCUUCAUUCCUGCUUCCAGACCCCGGACAGACUGUAUUUCGUGAUGGAGUACAUUAACGGAGGCGAUCUUAUGUACCAGAUCCAGCAAGUUGGGAAGUUUAAAGAAACUCAGGCCUGUUUUUACGCGGCAGAGAUUGUCGUUGGUCUACUCUAUCUGCACAAAAAUGGUGUUGUAUACAGAGAUUUGAAAUUGGACAAUGUUAUGUUGGAUUGUGAUGGUCACAUUAAGAUCACCGAUUUCGGAAUGUGUAAAGACGAGAUGUUUGAAGGCAGAACUACAAGAACAUUCUGCGGUACACCCGAUUACAUUGCUCCUGAGAUCAUAGCAUACAAUCCGUACAGUUUCUCGGUGGACUGGUGGGCCCUUGGAGUUCUCCUAUACGAGAUGUUGUGUGGUAUUCCACCAUUUGAUGGAGAGGAUGAGGACUCUCUCUUCGCUUGUAUCGUUGAGAGUUCCGUCAGUUACCCCAAGUCUUUGUCCAAGGAUGCUAGCUUAAUCAUUCAAGGGUUCCUGACGAGGAAUCCAGAGACCAGGUUAGGAUGUGGUCCCUCAGGAGAGUCUGACAUCAGGAACCACCCCUUCUUCAGGCCAAUAGAUUGGGGAGCCCUGGAGAGGAGAGAAGUGAAACCACCUUUUAAGCCUAGGAUUAAAAACAAGAAAUCUACUAAUAACUUUGACUCUGAGUUCACCCACGAGAAGGUGGCUCUUACGCCUUGUGAUGCGAACUUCAUUAAGAAGAUUAACCAGUCCGAAUUUGCUGGAUUCUCUUACUUCAACGAAGAAGAGUUCUUACGAAGGCUGGGUGCAGAACCCACAUAUUAUUCUGAUGACGAUGAUUUCGAUUCUGACUCUCAAUCUCCGCCUGACCGUGCCAGUUUUAGGAAAUCCUUUACUCAGACCAUGUGGAAGAUGCUGUUUGGAGAUCACGCCAGCUAAAGAAGCCGGAUAAGAUUUGCCCAUAUCAUACACCGAUAUUAGUUGUGGCCACUUGGUUGUCUAUUUUUACUGUAGUUUUUAGCGUACCUAUGUGAGAGAAAUGUUUUCGGUUUCCUUCUUUUAUUAUCGAUACUAUCUAAAGUGUCCUGCGUAUAGGACAGCUUAAUGCGAAAUUCGGAUGAGCAUCAUUUUGUUUGGCACGACUUCUUAAUUUAACGUUAAUGCACGAAUCCACGAAGUCAAAUUAAUCUGCCAAGCAUCAUCGCGAAACUUAAAAGUCGUGCCAAACUUAUUUUCAUUAUCAGGAGGAUUUUCUCUUAUCAUACUACUACGGGUAAUGUAGCCAGCUCAUUAAUCUACUAGUUAAUUGAUAAUAAUCAAUUUCGAUAUAACUAGAAUCAUAGUUUGUUCUUUGACUUCUUCGACUUAAAAUUUGGCGGGUAUUUCUAGAUAAAUUUGAGGACAGCAUGUAUAAUUGAGUAGUAAAUAUCGCUGAAUUUUUAAAGUGCAUUCUUAUUUGGUUAACAUAAUCAUACUUACUACUUAGCGAAGUUUUCAGCGUAUACAUAAUUUAGAAAUCGAACAUUUCAGUUUUAUAAUUUGCAUUGUUUAAGUUUGAAUUACUACUU